AUGGAUGGGCUGCACGAGGAGGUUCUCAUUUCGGACGAGUUGUCCACCGACAUGGAGGGGGAAGCGGGGGAAGCGAUAGGCGCGGUUGACGUGGUGGAUGCGGAUGGGCAGGCUCCCUCGACUCCCUCUGCUGCGUACCAAGACGCACCUGCUCCAGAGGGAGGCGGCAAGCCGUUGCAUAGACAGACCCACCAACAGAUUUCCCCGCGGCGCAAAAAGGACGCACACAAAUGCACCUGCAAAAGCGACGGGGAAAUGGCAAAAAAGGGAGCCACACACAAAAGUGCAAAGAGAGUGCCACCCCAAAAAAGGAGCCUAUCAACGGACGGAGGGAACAAACAGUACAGCUCGAAAAAAACAACAUCAGUGGAAGACGCAAUUAGGAAAAAGAAAAAAAUAAAUGAAGAAGAAUUAAAAGAAGAAAAAAACAGGAAAGAAAAGAAGCGCACUCAUGAUAUGUAUACAUUACGAAAAAAAUAUAAAAAAAAAAAUUAUAAAAAAAAACUCGCCAUUUUGGUGCACUCUAUUGUUAAAAAUAUUAAGCCCAGGGAAAAAAAUUAUUAUAAUAAGCUCCUUGAAAUGCUGAAUGGCGGUGCGCAGAAGCAGGUCUUUUGGGACCUUUUUCUUUUCCCCCUGGAGGGUUAUGACCAAUUCACCACAGAGUAUAAUAUAGGAUGGGCACUGGACGGUGUGGACGGCACCACGGCUAUGAGCACUGGAGGACAUUCGACAUUUCGUGAAAGCGCAAGCGGCGGGGGAAAUGACAACCAUUUGGGUGACAGCUUGCACGGUGACCACUCUUUUAGAAGCACCGAUUCGUUCGCUUCCCCCUGCGGAAGGCACACUUUGAAGGGAGCAGGCGAAGCGGACCCCUCCAAAAUGCCCUUCUUCCCAGAAGAUGAAAUUUUCCCGCAAGUGGAAAAUUUCAUUCAAACGUACAUCAAAAAGGGAAGGAAAAAGAGGUCCUCCGACGGGGAUCCCAAAAUGGGGGAGGCCACAAUGGGGGACGUGACAAUGGAGGAUGCAACAGUGGAGGAAGUAAAAUCAAGUGCCUCUUCCAAAAAAAGUUGCAGCUCAUCCAUCCGCCUCCUGUGCAGCUUCAGACUGUACAAGAAAAAAUUCCUCAACAAAUUUACAACGGAGCAUAUCUACCUGCUGCUCCUUUUUGUGUGUUACGUCAACAAAACCAUGGACUCUUUUUUCCUGCGCCGCGCAGGCACCAAGGGGAAAUGA